AUGGCUGCCAUCCGACUACGAGAAUUUCAUGAGCGUCGUCCAAUGAUUCCACCCAGCAUAUUCAUUAGUCACCAAGGAAAGGACCUCCAAGGUUACUACCCUGGGCAACUAGCAAGACUGCAUCGUGAUUCCAGUGCAAAGAUACACAAACCACUCAUAGACUUGUCCAUUCCAUCCAAGGCUCCCUAUCAGCCUGAAUUAGACCAACAGACGCUCAUUCAAUACAUCUGCUUUCGAAAACACCAAAAGCCUCCUGAACCAUGGUAUAAGGAAACCACUUACCAAAGAGACUUUUCUCUGCCAUUCUACAAGAUUGGCUGGGAUCAGAAAUUAGCCACAGUUUCAUCAAAUCCUGCACCACUGAAUUCACUACCAGAGAUGUAUCGUUGUCAAGAGAGAAGCAGCCUUGGGAGAGAUGCUUUUAACUAA